UAAAUCAGAACGAAAAUCUAGUAAGGCUAUGGCAAGUUUAGUGCCGCCAAACCCUGGUCUAAGAUCUAGGCUAGGAGGUCAGCAUCCGAUCCUUUGGGAUACAUAGCUAUGUAGCUCUAGUCGUGGCUUCAUGAAAAGAAAUUAUCAGAACCUGGAACACAUGGCUAGCUACUUUUGAAGAAGUAAGCUCGUUGCGAGGUCACCAAGAGAGACACCUCAUGAACUAGAAAGGUUCUUAGAGGUCUUUUCAAGCCUAAUAUCGACAUAAAAAUCCUCUAGGCUGAAAAUUUAGAUCCAAGAGGGUGCUAAAAAUACAGAUUCUCCACUUUUUACUUGAAUUGAACUUUAUAAAUAAGUUAUUAACUUUCUUUACUCAUUGUGGUAGUUGUAUGAAUAAGUGAAUAUAGAGUCUUCUUCACCUUCAAUGGAGUAAAUCUGAUCAAGAGACAUUGGUUCCGGAUCUUCCUCUGGUAUCAAUGGAGUAUUAGAGUUCGAAUCAGGAGAUGGUGAAUGAAUAGGGUCUGAAGGCAAAUCAAACCUGGGUCAGAUCGUGGUAUUCCCAUCUAAAUAUCCAAAGUGCUUUAGAGAUGUUUGGAUCCGCCUUGAUUCAUCAGCACGAAUAUAGUACACAUCACAUACAGCACUAAUUAUUUGGCUAAAAAGAAGUCUGGCUGUAUUUUCUACAGAGUCAAAAUCAAUUUGUGUGCUCAGCCUAAUGAUUCUCAAAUCUAAAUCUUCCUGCUCCUCAAUAAUACUAUGCUCAAGCUCAUUGACCAGCUCGUUGGAGUGGAUCAUAGAGAAAUAUCUCCGAGACCAUCCAGCAAAGGUUCUUAUACCAAAAGUGAAGAGUAUUUCUGUUCCUGAUUUGAUUUCUCCCAGAUUUUGAGUGGAAUUAGCAUAUACAAUCUCAAAGAUGCCAUCAUGGUCAUCACUCUCUAACAUAUCAGCCACUGAUUCAUGCAAUUCUGUUGUAAGAUCUUGGAAAAUAGUUAUAGCAUCAAGCUCGUCCUGAUGUUCUCCAAUCCUCUCAUGGAGUAGUUGGCUCCUAGCAACUCAUUCAGGUUGGAGCAAGGUCUCAACCUCGCAAACAAAGCCAAACUCCUUUCAUUGGUUAUUUACAGUGACAUCUUCAUAUUCGAUACAAACCUCUUGGAAGUCUCCGACGCAAGUGUAAUCCCACUUUGUACAGACUGUUGUUCCUCGAAUACAGGUGCCGUCAAUUCCUGUGAACUGGCAUUGCACUUCCUGCUCAGUGCAGCUAUACUCCGUCUGCUCACACACAAGUCUUGUAUAAGUGCAAGUAGGUUCUGUCUCAUACUUAGUGCAGGUCAGGAAACGCUCUGACGUUCAGCGAGUGACCUCAGGACAAGUUUCUUCUUCAUAAACUUGAUUGUUUAGGUUCUGAAGACUUAAGUCUAUCUCAUUCAUUUUAUUUUGCAUGUCCUUAUAAGAAUUAGCAACUUGGUCUGCCCACUGGAGGACUAAGUCCCUAGUGUGAUGAGCUACAUCCCUCAGUUUCUUCUCGUCAUUCAGCAAGAUGGAGACCAUAGAGCUGGUCUCUUCUUCAAUAUCAUCCUCUGGAGUGAAGGUCACAAUUGUGUCGGCCUGAAAAUCUCCGUGGAAUGGCUUGCCUCUGAUAGAGAUUUCAACAUUAUUUGCUGAAACAGGCACUGAGAUCCUUCUGAAUUGGUCAAAGAUCAUAAUAUUAGCGUUUAAAUAAGCAACACUUUCCUGUAAAUUACUACUCUCCAUUCCUACAGUGAUUGUGUUCUGCUCUCUAGUGGUGUUAUGGCUUCCUCCGCGAAGCCUAUUAAUCUCAUGCGGAAUGUCUGCCCCUUCAGAAGCGUUUAGAAAAGCGGAGAAGUCUUGAAGUGUCAUGAACCUGAGGUUUCCCCUACCAAUACUGAAAGAAGUCAAGUUCAAAGUCAGGUUUGCAUAAUUUUUGUCUAUAUGUACAUCGACACUUCCUCUCUUUUGCAAUCCACACCAAUUCAUGGAUCCAAUAAAGUUAAGCUCUCGGUCAAUACUAUUUCUGGUUGGGUCAAGGUCUUCAUAAGUACCAUUCACAGAAAGCCCAUUUGGCAUACUAAUUUGUUGGACAAUUUCUGGCAAGAAUGCUUCAUCAAAAGAGUUCAAGAUGAUAUUCAUGAGCUUUUUCACAGACUGAAUGUUAUAAUAAGAGUAAAAGCUAUUUUCCCUUGCUUCGUCUCUUAGCCGAAGAGUUGUCCUUCCAAUAAUACAGUUCUCUGUAUCAAUGAAAUCACCCAUGUUGUCCAGAAGCUCGCCGACUCUGUACGGGAACUCUCCUCCAGUGUUAUCAUUCUGACGUGUGAGGGCAUCAAGGAUCUCUCUAUUUGAAUAUCAGUUUCUGCCAAGUACGCUUGCUGUAGUGAUAUUGUAUCUCAAAAGAUUCCCCUCAAAGUUGCCAGUUCCCCUGAAAUCAGUGUCGAUCAGAUCCAUGAGAUGAUUAAGACCGAACACAUCUUCAUACACUGAGUUAGACUCUGAACGGAGCUGGAAAGUCUCCAUGUCGUCAUCAAAGUAGAGGAAGCGAGCUCGAGAGUACAUAAACCGACCUGGCUCGAUACUUAUCUGGAGCUCGCCCCUGAUUCUCAUUUUAAGGAGGUUUCCUUCUUCCUCUCUGGUCACGACCAUUAGGUCAACCUUUGGACUAGUCAGGGUCAAAAAUGGAGUUAUAAAAGUAUCGCUAAAAUCAUAGCUAAAGGUAGAGACUGGGUCUUCGAUGUACCCUUGAAGCUUAAUCUCUUCAGUAAUGUUAGCCUUGGUCCUCAAGAAGUUGCAGAAAGCAUUCCUGUUACAUGAGCUUGGAUACGUGAUUCCUAUCGUAGCUCUGGUGCCCCUCCUCCAAUGAUUCCCGUUUCCAGAAUCAUCAAGGUAUUCCUGGUAUUGGCUAAAAUCAAAAUCUCUAUUGUAAGUAUCCAGGGAGAAUUGGUUAAUUACUAUCCCUCUGGUAGCUGCAUCUCCAGAAACAAUAUUAAAUGUUCUGAGGACGAGUGUCUGGCUCUCAUCGUAAUCAAAAACAUAUCGGUAAUGAGAGAGGACGUCUCCAUUCAAAGAGGCAUAAGUUGUCUUGACAAAGCAGUCGAUAACACUGUCUUGGUUAACAUCGUGAUACCCCUCAAUCUGGUAAAUCAUGUAUGGCCGAAAUUGCAUCGUCACAGUUGGAUCAGCCAAAUGCAGUCCUCCCUGAGUAAUUUGUAAAUUCCUCAAGUAAGGAAAAGACACCACAUUCGGGUGCAGGCUUAACUCUCUAGUACUGAUUGAUGGGAGAAGAUAAUCAUUUAGCUGGGAGUAUGAUAGUUGUUUCGGUUCAGAAUCAACCAUAAAUAUUUCAUAAUCAUCGUCCUGAGCAUUCCUUGUAAUAGUCGUGUCAAAAACUACCGAAUCGAUAUAUGAUUUUCCAUUGAAAGUAAUCUCAAAUUCAUCCCUUGCUCUGUAAUCAAGCUGGAGACUAACAUCUUGGAUUGAAAUAUCCUGUGAGACAAAGUCGAAAUCUGGAGGGCUUGCGCCAAUCACAACUCUUCGAGCCUCUCCACCCUCAGAAGUAAUAGUGGCAUUGUCAAAAGAAAGGAACUUCAAGCUAGAUAGCCCUCGUGGUGGAGGUACUCUGAGCUCAUCAAGUGUCAUGAUAUUCUUCAUGAAUAUCUCGAUAUCAAUUUGGUGGUCUUCUGGGCUAACUAUUAUUUCAAACCUAGGACUAUCCUGAUCAAAAUGAUCUCUAAUAUUAUUGCUAUUUGUCCUGAUCUCUACAGGAAUAUCCCUAUUAAGGCCCUCUAGCUGGGAAGGAGGGACUCCAAAGUAGUUGUCCAACCUGAGAGACCCUCGAUAAGAGACUAUCUCAGAACUUGAUCUAUAAUUUCUUGUAUCAACUACCAAUGUAUCGAGAUGGAUAGUUCCUCCUUCUAUUGAAUAUUCUGUUGCGAUUUCAUGGGAAGCUAAGCAAUAUGGUCCAACGUCUAUGCCACUAUCACCAACAUAGUACUCUCAGCCGAUACUGAUAAUGGUAGCUUCAUCCCCAAGGCUUAGAACUUCGUGAACUUUGUGGUAGUCUCCAGGAAGAUGAUACAAGUGAUUGAAUAAGUUCUCUAAUGAGAUAGACUCUUCAGCAUUAUUCGUUACAAAAGAUAUCCCUACCAAUGAAUCAGAGACGCCGAGUAAAGGCCUGUUAAGUUGUUGCUGGAGGUUUCUGUAAAACCGCUCCUCCUCUUCUUGAUUAAUGUUAAAGUUAGAUUGGAUGAGAGCAACUUCGUUGUCAAUAUUUCCUGAAGAAGAUCGAGCUAUGUAGGUCAAGUCUGGACAAAAUUCCUCAGAGCUAUCGCUUGGCCCUUCUAUAUAGCUCUCUACUCAGGCAAGAGUGAUGGUCGGGCUGAAGGCUCUUAUGUUUUCGUCACCUGUGCCUUCAUCAUUUUCAGAGUCAUUAUUAACGCUUGCAGAUUCUGGUGUAUCAGAGACCUCCGUAUGGAGGCCAGGCUCAGGGUGCUCAUCAAGGUUGAGGAGCCCUGACUGCUGUAAACGGGAGACCUUCUGCCGGAUUAUCCCUCCUCUGGUACUAGUCGUGAAGCCUCUUGUUAGAAGGCAUAGUAGCAGAAUCAAGAAAGGUAAAUUUCUUGCUAAAUUUAUCCU